AUGGCUCAAGUUGGGGAUCUGCUGGAUCAAGACCGCUACAUCUGCGCGAUCUGUCUGGAGCUACUGAAUGAUCCAGUGACUAUUCCCUGUGGACACAGUUACUGCAGAGGCUGUAUUAAGGGCUGCUGGGAUCAGAAUGAUCCUACUGGCGUCUACAGCUGCCCUCAGUGCAAAGAGAGUUUCACCCCAAGGCCUGUUCUGAACAGAAACAUUAUAUUAACUGAUAUGGUGGGGAAACUGAAGAAGAUCGGACUCCUGGCUGCUCCUCCUGCUCACUGUUAUGCUGGACCUGGAGACGUGGCGUGUGAUGUCUGCACUGGGAGAAAACGCAAAGCCGUCAAGUCCUGUCUGGUGUGUCUGGCUUCUUACUGUGAAAAUCACCUCAAACUGCAUGAUGACCUCCAUCCAGGAACGAGACACAAGUUGAUUGAUGCUUCUAGACACCUGCAGGAGAAGAUCUGCUUUCAUCAUGACAAGCUGCUGGAGGUUUACUGUCGUACCGACCAGCAGUGUAUCUGUCUGCUGUGUACGAUGGAUGAACACCGAGGCCAUGAUACAGUCUCAGCUGCAGCUGAAUGGACUGAGAAACAGAGGCAGCUGGAGGCAACACAGAGGAAAUUCCAGCAGAGAAUCCAGGAGAGAGAGAAGGAGCUGCAGGAUCUGAGACAGGCUGUGGAGUCACUCAAGCGCUUUGCACAGGAAACUGUGGAGGACAGCAAGAGGAUCUUUACUGAGCUGAUCCGCUACAUUGAGAGAAGGCGCUCUGAGGUGAAAGAACUGAUCAGAGAUCAGGAGAGGGCUGCAGUGAGUCAGGCUGAAAGACUCCUGGAGCAACUGGAGCAGGAGAUUGCUGAGCUGAAGAGGAGAGAUGCUGAGCAGGAGCAGCUUUCACACACAGAGGAUCACAUCCAUUUCCUCCAGAGCUGUCAGUCUCUCUGUAAUGAUCCUGGACCACAAGACUCACCUAGCACUGUUUUUAAUCCACACGUCUCCUUUGACACUCUGAGAAAAUAUGUUUGUGGACUGAAAGAGCGACUGGAGAACUUCUACAAGGGGGAAUCCAUCAGCAUUUUUGAAUCAGGGUCUCUCCCCCUCACUGCAGUGACAGAAGUCCACAUGAUGCAGCCCAGAACCAGAGACGAUUUCUUACAAUAUUCCUGUCAGCUCACAAUGGACCCCAGCACUGCGCACAGAGAGCUCUGUCUGUCUGAGGGGAACAGAGUGGUGAUAGGCCUGGGAGAGAUCCAGUCAUAUCCUGAUCAUCCAGAGAGAUUUGACCACUUGGCUCAAGUGCUGUGCAUAGAGGGUCUCUCUGGACGCUGUUACUGGGAGGCUGAGAAGAGUGGGGUUUGGGUUGAUGUAGCAGUCUCAUAUAAAGGCAUCAGCAGAAAAGGAUGGAGUAAUGACUGUUUCCUGGGACGUAAUGAGAAGUCCUGGAGUUUGAGCUGCUCUCCCACCUCCUACUCCUUCUGGCACAAUAAUGAGGAAACUGAAAUCCCUGUCCCCACCUCCUCCAGAAUAGGGGUGUACCUGGAUCACAGAGCAGGAAUUCUGUCCUUCUACAGCGUCUCUGACACAAUGACCCUCCUCCACAGAGUUCAGACCACAUUCACUCAGCCCCUCUAUCCUGGAUUUUUGAUUUAUUCUCAUGGAUCAUCUGUGAAACUGUGUGAAUUGGAGAGAUCAGCUGAAAUUGAACAGAACAGCACAUUCGUACGAGACAAAAAAAAGAGGUAG